AUGUCACUCUUUAGCAUUAUAGUCACCAUAUUUGUGAAUUCUACAAUUCACGGAAAAGGAGGAAAGGGUCUCGGUAAAGGAGGCGCCAAGCGUCACUGCAAAGUUCUCUGUGAUAACAUCCAGGGAAUCAGCAAGCCCACCAUCCACCGUCUGGCUCGCCAUGGCGGAGUGAAGCGUAUCUCUGGUCUGAUCUACGAGGAGACUCGCAGUGUGUUGAAGGUUUUCCUGGAGAAUGUGAUCUGUGAUGCUGUCACCUACACCGAGCACGCAAAGAGGAAGACUGUGAUCGCCAUGGACGUGGUUUAUGCUCUGAAGAGACAGGGAAGAACUCUGUACGGCUUUGGCGGUUAA